AUGCUGCUGCUGGUGCAGGAGAUGGAGUGUUACACUGGUGGCUGCACCGCGCUGUCGCGGGGCACGGAGCAACGUGUUCGGCGGCGGCUCAAGGUCCAAGAGAGGACCGCCGAGACGAUUCGAGCCAUCAAUCGCCUGGCAGGUUUUGACGCGCCCGAGGUGGAGUCCGUCGGGGAGCUGACCGGCCCCUCCGCCCUGGUCUACAGCGACGCGCGGGCGCUUCACGCGGCUCAUGCCCCCGAGCAGGUGAAUUCGAUCAGUCCGCAGGAAGCCUUUCAUGAGCUUCUCGGGAGCACGCCCUCGUCGUACAUGGAUGGCGACGAGGUCUCUCCAGUUCGGCCCUACUCGCGCGAGUUGGUGAGCUGGCCCAAGAGGGGCAAUCGCCCGGCCCCGCUGCCGACGAACGCGCCACCGGACCUGCUCCGGUACAUGACAGAGGGCCAGCGAGAUGUGUGGUUGCGGCAGCCGCAGGAGGUGGCGCAGGUCCGGCAGGUUGAUGGCCUGCCGACGCUGUACGGCGACGCAGUUUUGAAGGAGAAUCGCGACGCCUACAUCGGCUUCGUGAAGGAUGGCCUUGCUCGGGGGAUAUUCCGCCUGAGCCGCCGUCGGAAGGAAGCCGUCAAGGUCUUUUUCGUGAAGAAGAAGGACUCUAGCAUUCGGAUCGUUAUCGAUUGCCGACGGAGUAACCAACACUUUCGAGCCGCGCCGAAGGUCCACCUCUUCUCGGGCAGCAGCUUCGGGGAGGUCGAGGUCUCGGCGCACCAGCAGUUGUGGUGCGCAGGGGGUGACGUUCAGAACGCCUUCUACCAGCACCAGUUGCCGUGCUGGCUGCAGCCUUACUUCGGCCUCGACUGCGUCCGGGCCUCGGAGCUGGGCGUUGCUGAGCUGGGCGGCCAGGCCGUGCGGGGCGACCAGAUCUUGUACCCCCUGAUGAACGUGGUUCCGAUGGGGUGGAAGUGGGCCCUCUUCAUGGUGCAGCGGAUCCACGAGCAUGUUCUCGAUGGAGUUCCCGAGCUGGGGCCGCGGCGCCGAGCGGUCGACUUUCGGCCUCCGCCUCGAGUCGAGGACGGGGCGGUGCACACAGUGUAUGUGGAUAGCGUGCUGAUCGAGGGGUUUGACCAAGCGGAGGCGACACGACUCCGUGAGGCUGCAUGCGCCGCGCUGCAGCAGGCGGGCUACGCCACUCACGACGAGUCCGACGCUGCGGCGAGCAUGGAGAUGCUGGGCGUCGAGCAGACCGGCUGUCCAGGACGUGUGCAGGUGUCCGCGAAGCGCUACUGGCGGUUGUGGCAGGCGCUGGAGUGGAUCCGGCGCAGGCAGCCUCCUCUGAGCAGCCGCCAGCUUGAGCGUCUGAUUGGCCACUUCACUUUUGUGGCUCUCAUUCGGCGAGAGCUGCUUAGCACGUUGCGCGCCAGCUACGAUUUUUCCAGGGGUGAUUUUACCAAGCCCCGGAGCCUGUG